AUGGCACGAAAGAAAUCUGCAACAGCCAAGGCCCGAGAGGCAGAUGGCGAUGUUCAUCCUAAGGAUACGAUCCACUCGAAAGCUGUCCUCGACUUCGACACGGACAGUGAAGCUGAAAGCGCUCCACAAGCCAAUGCUUCUAAGAAACGAAAGGCUACCGACGAUGCUGAGGAGUCCGGAUUCAAGAUUAAUACCGAAUAUGCUAAGCGAUUCGAACACAACAAAAAACGAGAGGAGUUACACCGCCUUGAAGAAAAGUACGGUAAAUCUGCUUCAAAGCGCCAGAAAACCGGCGGCUUAGACGACGAUUCUCUUGCGUCAUCUGACGAAUCUUCAUCUUCGUCGGAAGAUGAAGAUGAGUUUGGUGAACUGGUCACAAACGGCAUAGAUGCCCAGAUUAAAGCAACAAUCAAUGCCAUUCGAUCGAAGGACCCACGAGUGUACGAUGUCGAAGCCAAGUUCUUCGACGAAGACGCUGAAGACGGUGAUGACAAGGCACCAAAGGAAAAGACCUUGACAUUGAAGCAGUAUCACCAAAAGAAUAUCAUGGAGGGUUAUACUGGUGGUGAGGACGGGGACGCGCCACCGAGGACCUACGUUGAGGAACAAGAACACCUUAAGCGAACAGUUGUUGGGGAGAUGCACGCUGCCGCCGAAGGGUCGGAUGAUGAAGUAGAUUUUUUGGUUCGCAAACCGAAGGAGCCGGAACCGGAAGCCAACGAAACACCCGACGUCGCACUACCAGAAGACCCCGAGGCGGACCCUGAGAAGUAUUUAGACGCCUUCUUUACAACAAAAGCCUGGGUACCAAAGGGUGUCGCUGGAAGUGUCCCAUUUGAGUCAGAUGAUGAAGAGGAGGAAGAUGCUGCAGAGGAGUUUGAACAGAUGUACAAUAUGAGAUUCGAGGACCCAACCGUCGAGGACAGGUCGAAGAUCGUCACGCAUGCCAGAGAUAUUGCGAAACAAAAGUCGCUUAGAAGGGAGGAGAAGAGCAAAAGGAAGAAGGCAAGAGACGAAAAGAGGGCACGAAAGGAGAGAGAAGAGGAAGAGAAAAACGCAGAGAAGAACCGCUUGAGAAAGUUGAGGAUAGAAGAAAUGGAAAAGAAAAUCAAAAUGGUAAGGGAGGCUGGAGGUCUUGAGAUUCAGGUUGAGGCCGAGGCCGUUGAUGAGAAGUGGAAGAAGUUUCUCGAUGAUGCAUGGGAAGACGAAAACUGGGAGCAACAGAUGGGCGAUCUCUACGGCGAUAAAUAUUACGACGAGAAAGAGGACCUUAGAGAUGAAGAAGAAGAAGAAGAAGGAGAAGAAAUUGGGGGUAAAAAAUCGAAGAAGCCAAAGAAACCGACAUGGGAUGACGAUAUUGAUAUCAACGAUCUUGUCCCUGACUUCAAGGAGGAUGAUUCUAUGUCUGAUGCUGAAGAUGCUGAGGAAGGAGGCGUCGCACUUGAAGAGCCUGUUGUUGCAGAAGCUUCAUCUACAGUGGCGAAGCCGAAGAAGGGUGCGAAGAAAGAUAAAAGGGCGGAUAGGUUGCUUCGUGCUCAGAUUGAAACAUACGUGGACGACAAGAUGCCGCUUUCUCUCCCUGGAUCUUCAAAAAAUUCCAGCGCUACCUUCCGUUACCGCGAAGUUACCCCAGAAUCUUUCCAACUUACACCAACAGACAUUUUAUUUGCGGGUGAUAAGCAGCUGAAUACUUAUGCUGGACUGAAAAAACUGGCGUCAUAUCGGGAUGAUGCAAAGAAAUUAAAAGAUAGGAAGAGGUAUGCCAAAAACAAGGGCUUCAAGCUGAGGGAAUGGAGAAAGGAAGUAUUUGGAAAGGCUGAGAUUAGUUGGGAGGAACUUAAUGAUGGCGGUAAGGGUGAUAAACUGGCGAAGAAGGCUAAGAAAGCUUCGAAAGAAAAGAGUGAUAAACCAAAAACCGAAGGUGAUGACCAAGGGGCUGCUUCCGCUGAGAAGAAGAAGAAGCGAAGACGGAAGAACAAGGGUACAAAAGAAGCGGCUGACGUCGAGGCUUAA